AUGAACCCCAGCCGCAACAAGGACAUUGGCAAGACCUUGGAUGAAACCCCGGAAGAAGAAGCCAUGGAGAUUGACCCUCCUGUUGAACCAACAGCACCAGAACAUGAGACGGAAGGAGACGAAGACGACAUCAUGGAAUCGGUGAAGAAGGCACCUGCUCACAACAAAGCUUCAACACCUGCGAAGACGAAACUAGCACCAAACGAGACUGCGAUUCCACUGGCCGAGUUUGGAGGAAGUUCGUCGGGCAGCCACUCUAGACACACGGAAUCGGAAGAGAGCCUUGUGGACGAUCCUAUGGAACGCGACGACAUUGAAGAGGUUGUGGAACCUGCCGACCCCGAUCUGGAGCUGAAGGACUCGGUGAGAGAUGGUCAUCACAAGGAGGUAGCAGAAAUUGCGAAGGCAAAUCGUGAGCCCAAGGCGACUCCGUUUUCAUCGGCUGAAUCGAUGGAGAAGGCGCCUGCUCACAACAAGGCUCCGAAACCUGCCAAACUAGCACCAAAAGAGACUCCGAUUCCACUGGCCGAGUUUGGAGGAAGUUUGCCGGGCAGCCGCUGUAGACACACAGAAUCAGAAGAGAGCGUUGUGGACUAUCCUAUGGAAAACGACGACGUUGAAGAGGUUGUGGAACCUGCCGACCCCAUUCAGGAGUUUGGAGGAAGUUUGCCGGGCAGCCGCUCUAGACACACAGAAUUAGAAGAGAGCGUUGCGGACGAUCCCAUGGAAAACGAUGACAUUGAAGUGGUUGUGGAACCUGCCGACCCCAAUCUGGAGCCGAAGGACCCGGUGAGAGAUGGUCAUCACAAGGAGGCAGCCGAAGUCGCGAGGGCAAAUCGUGAGCCACAGGCGACUCCGUUUCCACCGGAUGAAUCGGCGGAGAAGGCACCUGACCACAAAAAGGCUUCAAAACCUGCGAAGACCAAACUAACACCAAAGGAGUUUGGAGGAAUUUUGCCGGGCAGCCCCUCUAGACACACAGAAUCAGAAGAGAGCCUUGUGGACGAUCCCAUGAAAAGCGACGACAUUGAAGAGGUUGUGGAACCUGCCGACCCCAAUCUGGAGCCGAAGGAGGCAGCCGAAGUUGCGAAGGCAAAUCGUGAGCCCAAGGCGACUCCGUUUUCAUCGGCUGAAUCGGUGGAGAAGGGGAAGGCACCUGCCCACAAAAAGGCUUCAACACCUGCUAAGACCAAACUAGCACCAAAGGAAUUUGGAGGAAGUUCGCGGAACAGCCAUUCCAGACGCACAGAAUCAAAAGACAUCGUUGUGGAUGAUCCCAUGCAAAGUGACGACGUUGAAGAGGUCGUGGAGCUUGCCCAGACAAAUCCGAAGCCCGAGGACCCACCGGUGGAUGAGUCAGAAGUUGCGAGGGCAAAUCGUGAGCCAAAGGCAACUCCGUUUCCGCCGGCUGAAUCGGUGGAGAAGGCACUUGAUCACAAAAAGGCAUCAACACCUGCUAAGACCAAACUGGAACCGAAGGAGUUUGCCAGAAGGUUGCCAGGCACCCGCUCUAGACACACAGAAUCAGAAGAGAGCCUUGUGGACGAUCCCAUGGAACACGACGACAUUGAAGAGGUUGUGGAACCUGCCGACCCCAAUCCGGAGCCGAAGGACCCGGUGGGAAGAGAUGGUCAUCACAAGGAGGCAGCGCAAGUCGCGAAGGCAAAUCGUGAGCCCAAGGCGACUCCGUUUUCACCGGCUGAGGCAGAUGAUCUGCCAGAUGACAUGUAUCCGGAGGUGUUGAUGCCUCGUACCCACAGAAUCGAUUUGGAGAAUGCGUCUGAAAGCAGCUCUACCAAAGAUGAUCCAGUGCCCGCUGAUGCAUGCAAAGAGGUGGCCCAGACCAUCAAGAAGGUCAAAAAGACAUCAAUUCCAGAGGUCCCGAGUCGUUACAUGCAGCUUGAGCGGAGAGCUUCAAGGAUAGAUCAAGGGCAUCAAGAGCGAGAGGACUCUGAGGAGGCAUCCCCUCAGCACGAGCAGAUUCACGAGGAAUCUGAAUGUUCCAAGGAAGAAAGUGAUGACGAGUCCGACAUGGACGCCAUGCAAACUGGGACCGAAAGCUUGGAUCAGCAGAAGGGUAGAUGUGAAGGCGAGCCAACUGAGAUACCCAGGGCAUCUGUGUCUGUGAGGACUCAAAUCCAGAAGCCAAAGGUCAGCAGAAAAGAGGAUGGAAACCGGAAAGUCAGGACAGGUGCUUCUGCAGCUUCCUCAACCAGUUCUGAGCAAAGAGAUGAGGUGAAGAGGCCACGACGAAGCCGUGAGAGGAGUGGCGAUCGGGGAGACCAACGAAGGACUGGCUUGCCAGGGAGGGACUUGUCAGGGACCCGGUUAUUGAGAAUGUCUUGCUAGUGGUCUCCGCAUUGCAGGCACCUCGUUGAGGAAUGUAUAUUUACAGUAUAUGAUUUUGUAUUAAUGUGUGACAGUAUGCAUACUCGUGAGGAGCUUGUGGAUCGCAAGCAUUGUCCUUGUGUUUUUCUACCGUGUCCAUUUUUGUUUUGAUGCUUCAGUACACAAGCCACAAAUGAAGUUUGCAGGAUGUUUUUGUGGGUCGUUUGCUGGGAUGUAUGGUGCAAUUGUGUGUUUGUCACAUCUGAUUGCCACCUGUGUUUAUAUUGUCAUAUUUCUUUUAACCAAGCAGAUUUACCUGUGAGGGUUCUUGUUUUUUUUGCUGGUCGCAGGGCUAUCUCUGCUUGUCUCUGGCUGUCUCAAGCUGUGCUGGAUUGCUUGGGCCGCGCGCCUCUUUUCUGUGUCCAGUUGUCUCCAGCUGCCUCCGCGUGUGCUAUCGCGGUAUGCGGUGUCUCUGGCUGUCUCUCAAUGUGGUGUGUAUAUAUAUAUUUUUUCUAUUGUUUGUUUGUGCAGAAUUUCGCAGUGAGUUGCGACAAUUCUGCUUUCCCAAAUGCAGCCGCAAUGUGAUAUGAGCUUUACUGUGAACCACACCUACAUUUGCUUUACCCAACCCAAAGACCCACCCCCAACUUCAUGAAGCCGGUAC